ACCGGAUCCAACCACCAAACAUCACCUCAAAAGUCUAAUGCGUGCUGGCCAGCACCAUUCGGUCAUCGGACAAGUCCCCCGAAAUCCAUGGAGCCGCCGCCGUCCCCCUCCUCCCCCACCUGCUCCCCUCCAUGGACCUCCACGCGCCGCCGCUCCUCGACGGCGCCGCCGCCGACGCCGCCGACUGCGUCUGGGACUUCGGCGACCUCCUCGAUUUCACCGCCGACGACGCCCUGAUCAGCCCCUGGGACGAGCCCCCGCGCUCGACAACCCGGCCUCCGUCCCCUCCGACCCGGAUCCCGACCCCGCUCCCGAGGACCCCCCCGCCGGCGGCGCCGCCCCGCCGGCGGCGACCCGGGUCCGGAAGCGGGACCCCCGGCUGGUCUGCUCCAACUUCCUGGCGGGGCGCGUGCCGUGCGCGUGCCCCGAGCUCGACGCGAAGAUGGCGGAGGCGGAGGAGGAGGAGGCGGCGGCGGAGGGGCUGCACACGAAGAAGCGGGCCCGGGCGCCGAGGAGGGCCGGCACGGGCCAGGGGAUCGCCCGGUGUCAGGUCCCGAGCUGCAAGGCCGACAUCCAGGAGCUCAAGGGGUACCACCGGCGGCACCGGGUUUGCCUCCGGUGCGCCAACGCGUCGGCUGUGCUCUUGGAGGGGGAUAGGAAGAGAUACUGCCAGCAGUGUGGCAAGUUUCACUUCUUGUCAGACUUUGAUGAAGGUAAAAGAAGUUGUCGAAGAAAACUAGAGCGCCACAACAACAGAAGGCGAAGAAAGCCUGCUGAUUCUGGCAGUGGACUAGUAAAAGAAUCUCAACAAGAUAUUCAUUCUGAAGAUGUUGGCUGUGAUGAUGAAGAUGGGAAAGAUACCUUAUGUUUGAGUGGCCAGUCUGUUGAAAAGGAAGCCUCGUUAGAGCCUGAAGAUGGAGGAGCAUCUCCACUAGGAUCUGCUCCUGAGUGUCAGAUAAUUUCAACAGAUAGCAUUGCGUCUGCUGUUUCUCGGGAAACCCAAAUGGAAAGUAGGAAGGAUAAUUCGAAAUUUGCGCUUUCUCCUUCUUGUGGUGACAAUAGGAGUGCAUACUCAUCUGUGUGCCCAACAGGUCGAAUUUCAUUCAAGCUUUAUGAUUGGAAUCCAGCAGAGUUUCCUAGACGUCUUCGCCACCAAAUAUUCCACUGGUUGGCGAGCAUGCCGGUGGAGUUGGAGGGUUAUAUCCGCCCUGGAUGUGUUAUUUUGACAGUGUUUAUCGCCAUGCCCAAGUUUAUGUGGGGAAAGUUAUAUGAAGAUCCAAUAUCAUAUAUAAAUGAAUUCAUCCUUCGACCUGGAAGAUUGCUGUCCGGAAGAGGCACUAUGUAUAUCUUUCUAAAUGACAUGGUAUUCCAUCUUAAGGAAGAUGAAACUUCUGUUACGAAGGUUGAGGGGGGGUUUCGGACACCUAGGCUUCACUAUGUUCAUCCUAUGGUUUUUGAGGCUGGCAAGCCCAUGGACUUAGUUGCUUGUGGAAGUGAUUUGCUGCAACCCCAUUUUCGGUUUCUCGUAUCUUUUGCUGGCAAAUAUUUGCCAUGUGAUAAUGGUGCUGCAUCUUCCUAUUGUGGAAGUGAAAGGGGCAUCAACUAUAAUUCUGGUCAUCAGCUGUAUAAGAUGCAUAUUCCUUGUACUGAGCUCAAUCAGUUUGGUCCUGCAUUUGUUGAGGUUGAGAACCAGUCUGGCUUGUCGAACUUCAUUCCUGUUCUCAUCGGUAACAAGGAAGUUUGUUCUGAGAUGAGGAUGUUACAGCAGAGAGUAGAUAAAUCUCUCUUAAAUGAGGGGCCUCAAAUUUCGGACAUCGGUAAUGUCCCAGAUUCAUGUGGGGCUUUCUCACAGAGACAAGCCACACUUUCUGAGUUCAUCCUGGAUAUCGCAUGGCUGCUGAAAGAACCUGCUUCUGAAAAUCUUGACCACAGUUUUUCUGUGUUGGAGAUUCAAAGAUUCAGCUCUUUGUUGAGCUUUUUGAUGCAACAUGAUUCAAGCACCAUUUUGGAGAAAAUAUUGCAGAGACUGGACUUUCUUAUGGAGAAUAUCGAAUUAACCAGUGAAAUUAGUAGUGGCAAUAAUGAUGCUGAUAUUAGAUCAUUUAAUACCCAAAUAGAUCAAGCAAGAGAAUUUCUUAGGAAACAUCAGUCAUCCAAGAGGGCAGUGCUGCAUUCAGAACACUCAAGGCGAAAAGAGGAAUGUUCCCAUCAAGGUUUCUCUCAGAAUGAUGUGCUUUCAGCUGUGACCAACGCUAAUCAGGAUAUGGAGAAGGGGGAGAGCUACAGGGUAGAAUUGAUGACAGGUUACACUUACUCACAUAAAAAUGAGGCAGCUCCACUUUUGGAUGUGGAGUUGGUCAUGAAUGGGAACCUGCUCAAGGAAAAGCCCCGGAGUCGAAUGCUCCUCAGCUCUGUUUUGAGAUCUCGUCCUACUCUAUUCGCAGUCGCAACUGUCGCCGUUUGUUUUGGAGUGUGUGCUGUCCUCCUCCAUCCUAAUAAGGUUGGUGAAUUUGCAGUUUCUAUUCACAGAAGCCUCUUUGACCGACCAUAGGGGAAAUUGCUCAAGAUCUUGAUCUCACAGUAUGUACAUAGUGUACUCAAUGACCCUGACGUUCUCUUGUCGGAUCAAGCUACCAGUCUUUUCUCAUUAUUGGGAGCUUUGAUGGUGGGAGAUAGCUCUGCCUCAGUUUUCCAUCGGGUGCAUUGUCACUCAAACACAACCUUUGGAUUAUAGAUGUGACGAAGGUUAUUGCUUGGUGGAGAUUGUAAUUUCGACGGGGACUCACCUGAUUAGCAGAUAUCGGGAACCGCUUAGUAUGCGCUCAGCAGAUAUUGCUCGGCUGUUUGUUGUGACAACUGAGAGAUUUGACCCUGUUUAAUGACUCCACUGGACGUUCAACUGUGCAUUAGCAGCAAUCAGGUCAGGAAUGUGCAGUCCUUGUACCUUAUUCCCUUUCUUCCUAAUUCAACACAAUGUGGCUAUCUGCAAACAUUCCUGACUUCGAGAAGAAUCGAAAAAUGUACGUGCUUUGUGAUUUCUGAAAUGGGAAUAGUGUUGGCAGCGGGAUUCGCUUUCUCCGUUGUACUGGUAUCAGAAAAGGUAGUGAGGCUUUGGGUUGGUGUCAUGGUCGUUGUUGAUAGUCUUUCACUUAAAAAAGGAGGAAAGACGUCAAAUUGUGAUGUAGCUUCUUACUUUUGUUGUUUAUUCAUUUGAUGCUUUUUCUGUCCUAUAAAUAAUGUAGCAUGAAGGCUCCAAAAGCUUGUUUCGUAUUGUUCUCUUGUCAUAGAAGGAGUCGUCCACGUCCUGUUCAGUUUCUGUUUGACGAACAGAAAGUACAAGGAGGCUUCAGGAAAGCUAAAGGGAGCGUUUUUGGCUUCGAAUUAUGGCUCAAAUUGGACAUUUUAUCAUGAA